AUGGCCAAGACCUGUAUCAUGUUUCUCCUUCUCAAGGGCCUCUAUCAAAGCUCUUCCAUAUCUUCUUCCGAGUCUGACGAGUACAACGAUGACGACAUCGAUGAACUGUCAAAGAUCUUCGAGUUUCUAGACUACGCUGCAAUCUAUUGGCCUGCACACUUUUCGAGAGUACGGAUGGACGACCGCAAACUGAUAACGCCACUCGUUCAUAAGCUCUGUGGAACCGAAAAUACUGAAUAUAGUUUCUGGUAUCCGGUAUACUGGGAACACGAACAACGGGGUAAAAUUGGCUACUUAGAUGCUUGGAAUUUCGAGUACAGGACGCCGGACACGACGGGUCUGAUCUUUGUCACAACUCUCGGCUACACGGAGCUGGUAGACUAUUUCCUCUCACACGGAGCUGACAUCAAUGAAAUUGCCAGGGAAUUUGGGACAGCGCUGCAUGUUGCGGCAUGUAUGGGAAAACCCGGUAUGGUCGAGUUCCUCAUAAGCAGAGGCGCAAGCGUCAAUGCUAGAGGAGGAGACCAUGGGACAGCUUUGUUAGCAGCUCUCCGCGGUAGACAAGAGGGCGUAGCUUUAUCUCUUAUCAAAUCAGGAGCUUACAUGGAAGGUGAGAACAUAUGGGAAGAGGACGCUGUAGUUCUAGCUUCGAGUUUUGGUUAUCUCUCGGUUGUGAAGGCCGUCCUGCAUCAGGGUAACAUCCAAAACAUGGGUAAAGCAUUAAAGGGUGCUAUUGAAAAGGGUCAUAACAGUGUUUCUAGUACACUGAUCGAAUAUGAAACAGAUAUUGAGACGGAGGCUGGUUUAUUCACAGUUGCGAUGCGUGAAAAACAACGCAACAUCAUCCGAGAAUGGAAUCGUCGACGCGGUGGUGUCUGA